AUGGAUUCCAACGAUGCAUUCAACACCCUUCUCAAUCCAAAUUUGUCCCAAAAUCUAGAAAAAUUCACUUGGCCUAAAGAGUCAAACACCUCUUCAAAUAAAGAACUCAACGAGCCAAUCAUCGACCUAGAGGCCGAGAUGGCCCGAACCACUGACCUCGUUCGAGCCGCUUGCCUCGGCCACGGCUUGUUCCAAGUGAUCAACCAUGGCGUUGAUUUGGACCUCAUAAAAUCAGUAAAUGAUCACGUAAAUUUCUUCUUUAAUCUCCCAAAAGAGGCAAAAAUGAGGGUUCAUAGGCUUCCCGGCAAAAUUUGGGGCUAUUCUUUCGCACAUGCAGAUCGUUUCUCUUUGAAGCUUCCAUGGAAAGAAAUUUUUUCUUGCAUUUUCCGUGAAGAUGGCCUUGAUUCGGAGGAAACCCUCUUUUUCGAAACAGCGUUUGGUCAAGAUUUUGAGAAGAUAAGAUUGGAUUUCCAAAACUAUAGUCAUGCCAUGAAAAAAUUGUCUCUAACCAUAAUGGAGAUAUUAGGGAUGAGUUUGGGGGUUGAUAAACAACAUUAUAAAGAUUUUUUUGAAGAUGGUAGCUCUAUAUUGAGAUUCAACUUCUACCCUCCAUGCCAAGAGCCAGACCAAACCCUUGGUACUGGACCUCAUUGUGAUCCCACUGCUCUCACCAUUCUUUACCAAGAUCAAGUUAAAGGUCUCGAAGUCUUAGCCGACGGCCUAUGGAAGUCGGUCAGGCCAAGACCCGAUGCCCUAGUCGUUAGUCUCGGCGACACUUUCUCUGCUUUAGCAAAUGGAGUAUACAAGAGCUGCCCACAUAGAGCUGUGGUGAACAAAUCAAUGGGGAGAAUUUCAAUGGUGUAUUUCUUGCACCCUGCAGAAGAGAAAGUGAUUAAGCCUCCCAACAAUCUUGUGAGCUCAGAGAGGCUGAGGCAAUUUCCAGAUUUCAAGUGGUCUGAUUUCCACAAUUUCACACAAAACCAUUAUAGGGUUGAUCUUGCAACACUCCAAAAUUUUAGUAAAUGGUUCAUUUCCCACCAACCAACCUAA